GUCCCACUGCUGGUCUGCUCCCUCUGAGGGACCUGCUCAGCUUCUCCUGCCCUCCCUGAGGCAGCCAGCUCAUCCUCAGCAGCUACCACUCAACAUUCUCGUACUGUACCUGAGUCUUGAAGCCUUCCAGUUACUCCUGGAGUCCCCUCCAGACCUUGGUUAGAGGUGGGAGGAGGCUCCAGGUGACCACAGAGGGCAGAGCAUAGAGGCUGUCCCAUCCCUUCUCCUCCUGGAGACCCCAAAUUUACCCAGCCUGAGGACAUAUCCCUGCAUGCCUGGGUAAUCUGCUGCACCAUGCAGGAGCCUGGGCACAUGCCCCUGCCUUUGAGGGAGCUUUCCACACGCCGAGGCUGCCCCUGCACAUCCCCAGAGGAGCUGGCAGGGCCCAGCCUCUCCUGGGGGAACAUGGACUGAAAGAGGAGCUUUGCCAGCCCCCAGCUGCCAGCACCCCUUGCCUGGACCCUGAUGGACUCAGAGGCAGGACUGCAUUACCAUGGUGAUGAUCUUAACCAAAACUCGGGAAAACAAAGGUGCUGACUCUGUAACAUGCAGGACUGAGCUGCACACUCCAAAGAUGAGUCAAGGACCUACCCUCUUCUCUUGUGGCGUGAUGGAAAAUGACAGAUGGAGAGAUCUCAGCAGGAAAUGUCCACUCCAGCUGGAGCAGCCGGCCGCCAGCAUCUGGGACUGCCUGGACAAGGGCGAGGAGGGCUCGCGGUGGCCGAGGGAUGCGGCCGCCACCUGCUCCGUCACCAACCUGAUCAAGGACCUGAGCCUCAGCGACCCCCACGGCCACCCCUGCGCCCCCCCCAGCAAGCGCCAGUGCCGCUCGCUGUCCUUCUCGGACGAGAUGUCGGGCUGCGGCACCUCCUGGAGGCCGCUGGGCUCCAAGGUGUGGACGCCGGUGGAGAAGAGGCGCUGCUACAGCGGCGGCAGCGUCCAGCGCUACUCCAACGGCGCGGCCACCAUGCAGAGGAGCUCCAGCUUCAGCCUGCCCGCCCGCUCCAACCCGCUGUGCGGCGGCCAGCCCAGGAAAGCGGCGGCUGGAGGGCAGGGCGGGGACAGGGGGGACAUGCAGAGGUCCCUGUCCUGCUCGUGCUCCGAGUACGGCGCGGCCUGCAGGCCGCAGCUGGGCCUGGCCCGCAGCCGCUCCCAGCCCUGCGUCCUCAACGACAAAAAGGUGGGAGUCAAGCGCAGGAGGCCCGAGGAGCUGCAGGAGCAGCGGCCCUCGCUGGACCUCGCCAAGAUGACCCAGAACCGCCAGACUUUCAACAGCCUCAGCUGCCUUAGCUCCACGGCCGAGUUGGGCUCCCAGCGGCUCCCGGGCCCCCAGCCAUGGCCCGCGGCCCCCGAGGUGAUGCCGGGCAGGACCCCCGCCUGCACCCCGGUCCCGGAGCCACCGCGGGCCGGGCCUGGCCACCAGGCCAGCAGGGAUGAGCUGUGCUGCGAGGAGGAGGAGGAGAGCGCCGGCAAGGAGGAGGACAGGGCAGCCUGGAGGAGCGGGGGGCCGGGCAGCGAGAGCCUCUUCCAGCUGGACGGAGAGAUCGACAUCGAGCAGAUCGAGAACAACUGAGCAGGCAGCAGCUCUUCUCGCCCUGGGGUCUGGGGGCUGCCAGCAGAGCCACGAGGGCUCCUCGUGUCCAGCGAGCUUGUGGGGUCCUGUCACUGCUCCCCUCCUGCCUGCUGGAGGGGGCGAAGCAGCUUUGCCAAAAUUUCAUCAGGUAUUUAGAGGAAUUCGUGUGCAUGCGUGUGUAAAUCUUGAAAUUCUUUGUAACUACUGUAGCCAGAGAUCAGCCAGUGGGAGGAAAGUGCCUGUCCCACAGGGAAACCAGCACGGGGAUCUCCAAAAACUCUGAAUCCACGAGUAAAUGGCUGUUCCAGGAUAGGGAGCUGAUGGAGCUGGCCAGGUUCCCACAGGUCCCACCUGUGCUAGUUCAGAAAGGGGUGCACAAGGAGAAACCACCACCCCUGGGGCUGGAGAAGGGGAGGGAAAAGCAGAAUAUUGAGAUUUGCAAACCAAGCACUGGCUGGUGGCUGCCAGGGUGGCCGUAGUUCCUUUUCUCUCCUCAUUCCCCAUGUCCCUGGCAGUGCUGUGACAAGGAAAUCACAAGUGGAGUGUUUUGCUUCAAUUUAAUAAUGGCAAGAGCUGGAUUUUUACUCCUUUAUUUUUAGUUUUCCUUUUCCUGAUGAGGAAUUAAACAGAUCCCUGGCCCAUGUGGGGCAGCAUCCAUAGCAGAGUUGGCUGGGCACUGCACUGGGAUGCUCAAAUGCCUUCCUUUCUCUCAACUCUUUUGGGAAAAAAAACCCUACUCAGGCUCAGUGCCACCCUCAUUUGGGUUCCCAACACCCUGUUUUGAGCAGGGCUGGGCUGUUUACCCAUUUACCAGCAGCUGUGCCCACUUUGCUACCCAGGGCACUGCUGCCACCCUCUUUUUUUUGGCUUUACUGUGAAGGGCUGCCUGCCCAAGGCACGUCGUGGAGGGGUUACUUGACAAAGUCAGCUGGCAAGAAGCUGAAAAUCCAGGUAGCAGCACUGAAAGCUUUUCCUCUUCCUGUGCCUUUUUUAAGCACAGAUAAAGUGGUGACCAUUAUGUUUGUACGAUAUGAAUUCUCUUUGCUAAAAAUAAGCUGUCACUUGCUAACAGGUUUAGAAGGACGCAUAUAUUUUUUUCUCCCUCUGUUUUUUUUUUUUGUUUUUUUUUUUUUUUUUUUUUUUUUUGUUUUGUUUUGUUUUGUUUUUUUUUAAUUAUUUGUUUGUUUGUUUAAAGCUCUAGGAAAGCUGUACAAAUGGCUUCCAGCAUCUUUUGGAUUCCUUCUGCUGGUUCCUUCAAGCUCAGGGUCACUUCCUGAGCUUUGCAAACAUGAGAAAGGAAAAAAACCUUUGAUACCAAGAGCAGUUGAAGACAGGACAUUUUUAAAGGGGUUCAGCACCCCUGCUGGCAAUGCCUUGAGGGUCCAUAACUCAGAAAGGCUGAGAGCUGCUGGUACAGGUUUAAUUCAUCAUUUCUGGUUAUGUUAGUGCACUUUUUUCCACAGUGGUUUGGGAUGCAUGUGGCAUCUCCCUCCACAGUGGAACCCAUUGGUUGUUACCCCUGUCCUGGCUCUGCAGAGAUUUUGCUGGUGGCUGUGGCUGUGGCCACUCCCUCCAGGCAAGCAGGAUGAGCCCCAGAUAUUUGGGGAGGGGAUGACAGGGAUGUCUUUUAUUUUUGGGGAACCCUCCAGCUCUUUUAAAGUGUCACUUGUUGCAUCACUUAGAAGAAAAUAUAUCUUGGGUUAAUUUUUAUCUCUUCUGUUUUGGAGGGUCCAGCCAUGCCAGUGUUUUCCCAGGCUGCUGCCCCUCUGUCUGUGCCCCUGCAGUGGCACCUUCACAGCACAGUUCUUGGCUUUGAGUCUUCCUGAUGUUCCAUCCAUCUCUCCCCACCACUGACAUGUCCUGGUCUCGGAGCACACAGCUCCUGCUGGCCACAGGCACCUCCUCAGCUGAGCAAAAAAGGGCAAAUGCACCCAAAUCCAUGUCUGGUGCCACCACAGAGCUCCGGGUGGGCUCUGGCGUGGGCAUCCCCAGGGCUGGAAUUCCUAAGGGCUUCUCUUUUCUUUCCAAGGGCUGCUCCUGGUGCCAUGCUAACCCCCCAGAGUGGGAAGGUGGCCAAUGGGCCACGGCCCAGCUGUCCUGGACCUGGUGGCCAUUGGGCCACAGCCCAGCUGUCCUGGCUGUAGCCGUAGCAUUCAGUUUACAUUCAGCACAACCCGUUUGCCUUACUAAAAAUGCUUCUCCAAUGAGUCAUGGCCUUACACUGGGCACGUUGGCGUAGGCACAACUACAGUUAGCGACAGUUUUGAGGCCACAGUGGUGUUCUGUUGGAUAUUUCUUGUUGGGUUUUUAUGAUUUCAUGUACUUAUUCUCAGUUUAAGAAAGCCUUACUUUUAAAUUUUUUUUCUCUCUCUCUCUCUCUCUGUAGAGGUAAAACAUUUGUGGAUUUAUAUAUAUAUAAAUAUAUAUAUAAAUAAAGUAAUUAAAAUAUUAAAUAUAAUAUAGUAUGUGCCUCAGAUUCAGGGGACAUCCUGUUGAUUGUAAAGUCAGAAGUGGCGUUGCUCCCCUGGUGUCAGGAGAUCUGUCCCCUCCACAGUGGAGAGCAGGGCAUCCCCUGGGGGUCUUGAUCUUGGUUUGUAAAGAACUUCACCUGUUACACAGAUGCUUUGGGAGCCCCCAAACCCCCCGGCACACCCCUGCCGGCUGCCAGAAUGUGAUACUGAAGUAAUAUGCAGACAAGGGAUGUUAUUCCUUGCUAGGUAGCUAAAAUAGGCUCAUUAUAGUGAAGGGACUCAGUGGAUUGUCCAAGGUGUGACCCAGUCUGGGCAGCAGCUGAUUUGGGAUGACACCAAAGCUGUGGCAGCAGCAAUAACGGUUCUUCAUCCUGAAAAAAAUAGGAUUUUAAAACAGAAAGUCUUAGCAGGCACACAAGAGUUUGCUGUGUGUUUUGCAGAUGUAGCUCUUUGAGCCUGUCCUAUGAAAGAGUACAUUAAGGAAAAAAAAAAAAGAAACCAAGGAAAAGAAGCAUUUGUAAAAUAGAUUGUAAUUUUUCCACGUGCUAGCAUAGCCUGUUUGGCCAAUAAAGUUGUGUUUCAAGUGCAUUGUUUAAAGCUCCUGGCUGCCCAGCCAGCAGACUGACGUAGGAUGUUCUAGGAUUGUAGCAGUGCUUUGCAGCGUGUGUGGGUUCGGUGUUCACGAAAGAAAAAGAAGAGGAUGGCCAAAUAAAAAAUAAAAUAAAAAAAAGAUGGGAAGAAGAAUAAAACCCAAGCCUUCUGAAGCUAUGACCUGUAGUAGCCAAGCCUGGCUGGCGAUUGCACACGCGCCGCGGGCCGUGCGUGUCCCGGAGGGCUCCCGAGGCGUCCCCUCCACGGGCGGGGAGGAGGCUGCUCCUGCCCCCUCCAUGACUUGAUUGCACUAGAGCAGCUCAAUCUCAGGAAAUUGCUUGUUACUUUUACUGUGUAAAUAAAGCUUCCUGGUUCAAUAAGC